GCUAGUAAUAUUCGACGGAAUAUCAAAAACGGGGAAUAGUACAAUAGAACUUGAAUUCGUCGGUAUAUCUAUGGUAUAUUUGGGUAUAUUUCUGAUGGUCGGACAUUAUAUUUUAACAAUAAAUCCGCGGCACACUUUUGUUUAGCUUCCGAAUAAAUAUAUUAUUAAGUGAAGUGGAGGCUAUUUUAAAUACGCAGUUUCAGCAGCUGGAAGAUAUCAUCGGGGAAAUAUUAAAAGUAAAAAAGAGCGGGCAGAACUCAGACACAUUGCGAACUGCGGCGGCAUUGAAAUUUGUUGCAUUAAAGCAUGCAAAUCGAGAAGUUAAACAGAAAAUAAAGUCUGGACGGGAUAACUUACACUUGGAAAAAUGUAAAGUGGACAUAAGUCGGUUGCAAUUGCAAAAUCUUCUGUACGAAGUGAGCCACUUGAAAAAGGACAUCGUGCGUUGCGAGAAAUUCCAGAGUCGUGACUCCAAGUUGGUCCUGCUCUCAGACACUGAGUAUUUUACCAAAUUGCCGGGAAUUGAAGAUAGUAAAGUGAAACCAGAAUCGGAGCACUACAAGCAUUUGCAGCGCUUAGAUUGUGAACUGCGUUUAAGGAAAGACCUGGAUGAACAGAAAAGCUCAUUGAAGAACUCCAAAAAGGAGCUGCAACAAGAGAAUCUUAAACAACAUAAUAGGUACGUUUCAUUCGCGCCAGCUCUACGCACCCUAAAGAGUGCUACGAAACCGCUGCAUGAUGCACUGCAGCUUUCUCUUGAUGUUGAAUGGAAGCUUAGUGCUGUGGUCAAAUAUCUGCCCAAGCCUCUUUAUAUAUUAUUCAUCAAACUGCAAUGCCUUCAACGUGCGAGCGAUGAGCCAUCAUUCAAUGUUGAAGUGGUAGGAUAUGAAAGUGAAGCUCAGAUGCAGGAGUUGACAAACCUAAAGCAAAACCCAAAAGCAAGGCGCGACUACUCUGAAAGGGACAUUGAAUUGUCGGGAAAGCCUGAGGAAAAUCCUUUGAACAAAGAAUUAAGUCCUCAUCCUCUGCACAUUCGCAUCACGCUUGGCUCUGCUGGCUCGAUUCAACUGUUGAUUAUUCGCUAUUUCGAACAAAUUAAAUGUGCGACAGCAUGGCCUCAAUUGAGCAUUUCCAAUAAUACAAACCAUCAAGGGGAUACUAAUUUCGUUCAGCAUCUCCUUCGGCAUUUGUUUGCAAACGAUUUGGGUAAUGAAAUACUUAUACCCGGUAUUCAAUACGAUUUACAGAAUAAGGAUCUGACACCAGAGAAAUGUAUACAAUAUCUGGAGUCUAAGGACUUUGGAAAAGCAUACUGUUGGUUACAAAGUAUAUGCUCUAUACCAACAGUCAACAGCUCGAUGUUGUAUAAGCAUGAGCUGAACUUGAAUAAAAGCAUGCGGGAGACCAUAGCUCGCAUUACACGGCGCUGGAACUCUUGGUUAAAUCUAAGUCAGCAAAUACGUGGUCUGACUAACAAGGACAUCGAUUUGUAUGCACCAAAAGAAAAUGUCUAUCCUGCGGCCUUGUCUUGCAGACUAGUGCAGUGGACGGCGAUCACUCUCGAGGAAUUCUAGCCCAAAAUUCAGACGUACUAAACAUUUCUCCGGAUGAUAAGGGCAUAACAUACAAUUCCUAUCGUGCUGUGAUUGUUCGUGGCUCUGCAA